UUGUUUAGCGUUACCAUGGAGCCUGGCUGGGCCAACAAAUGCGACUCGUCUCCAGGGCAACCGGAGAGGACCAAGCCGGACCUGGGUGGCGGCGGCGAUACCGACUGCUAUGGUGUCCAACCCCGUGCACGGCCUGCCCUUUCUCCCGGGCACGUCCUUUAAGGACUCCACGAAAACAGCCUUCCAUAGAAGCCAGACGCUGGGCUACAGGAAUGGCUAUGCAAUUGCUCGGCGUCCAACAGUCGGGAUAGGUGGGGAACGGCUCCAGUUCAACCAGCUGUCCCAGGCUGAGCUGGAUGAGUUGGCCAGUAAGGCACCAAUUCUAACUUAUGGCCAACCUAAGCAGGCCCCACCUGCAGAUUUUAUUCCUGCGCAUGUAGCUUUUGACAAAAAGGUGCUGAAAUUUGAUGCCUACUUUCAAGAGGAUGUUCCUAUAUCAACUGAAGAACAUUAUCGAAUCCGUCGAGUGAAUAUUUACUACUACCUAGAAGAUGACAGCAUGUCUGUCAUAGAGCCUGUUGUGGAAAACUCUGGGAUUCCUCAAGGCAAGUUCAUCAAACGCCAGCGGCUAGCCAAGAAUGACCAGGGAGACCAUUACCAUUGGAAGGACCUAAAUCGAGGAAUAAAUAUCACAAUUUAUGGCAGAACUUUCCGCAUCGUUGACUGUGACCAAUUCACUCAGGUAUUUUUGGAAAGUCAAGGAAUUGAAUUAAAUCCACCAGAGAAGAUGGUUCUCGAUCCUUACACUGAACUCCGGAAACAGCCUCUUCGUAAGUAUGUCACCCCGUCGGACUUUGAUCAACUCAAACAGUUUCUCACCUUUGACAAACAAGUUCUUCGGUUCUACGCAAUCUGGGAUGAUACGGACAGCAUGUUUGGUGAAUGUCGAAACUAUAUCAUUCAUUACUAUCUUAUGGAUGAUACAGUGGAAAUCCGAGAGGUUCAUGAACGGAAUGAUGGGCGAGAUCCUUUCCCACUUCUAAUGAACCGUCAGCGCAUGCCCAAGGUUUUGGUGGAGAAUGCAAAGAACUUUCCUCAGUGUGUGCUGGAAAUCUCUGAUCAAGAGGUGCUGGAAUGGUAUACUGCCAAAGACUUCAUUGUUGGGAAACCACUCACUAUCUUUGGGAGAACUUUCUUCAUUUAUGAUUGUGAUCCAUUUACUCGACAGUAUUACAAAGAGAAGUUUGGAAUGCCAGAUUUACCACGUAUUGAUGUGAGCAAGCCAGAACCACCUCCUGUGAAACAGGAAUUGCCUCCAUAUAAUGGUUAUGGAUUCGUUGAAGAUUCAGCUCAGAAUUGCUUUGCUCUCAUUCCAAAAGCUCCAAAAAAAGAUGUUAUUAAAAUGCUGGUGAAUGAUAACAAGGUGCUUCGUUAUUUGGCUGCACUGGAAUCCCCUAUCCCAGAAGACAAAGGCCGCCGAUUUGUCUUCUCUUAUUUUCUAGCUACUGACAUGAUCAGUAUCUUUGAGCCUCCUGUUCGCAAUUCUGGUAUCAUUGGGGGCAAGUACCUUGGCAGAACUAAAGUCGUUAAACCACACUCCACGGUGGAUAACCCCAUCUACUAUGGCCCUGGUGACUUCUUCAUUGGUGCUCUGAUUGAGGUGUUUGGCCACCGGUUCAUCAUCCUCGAUACAGAUGAAUAUGUUUUGAAAUACAUGGAAAGCAAUCCUAACCAGUAUUCACCAGAAGCACUCUCAUCAAUUCAGAACCACAUCCGAAAGCAAGAAGCUCCUGCACCAAAAUUGGAAAACAAGCAAACUGAAGAGGAUCCAGGCAUGCAGGAACUGGAAGCAUUAAUAGACACAAUCCAGAAGCAACUGAAAGAUUAUUCAUGCAAAGACAACAUUAAUGAGGCAUUUCAAAUUUAUGACACGGAACAUACAGGAUACGUGGACAGAGAGAGAUUUUUUAAAAUCUGUGAAUCUCUCAAUGUCCCAGUUGAUGACUCCUUGGUUAAGGAGCUAAUCCGAUUGUGCUCUCAGGGAGAAGGCAAGAUUAACUACUAUAACUUUGUUCGUGCUUUUUCAAAUUGACCUGGCUGAUGAGAGAAUGCAAUACAACUUUUUGAUGUUGGUCCUACACUUUGAAAUAUACCUUGUACUCUUAAUAGAGGCAUUUACACAGUUCUUGAAGUUGUAUUUCUUUUUUGGCUCUCACAUUGCACUACCACUGAAGUCAAAAUUAAUUGGGACCUUAUAGGAUCUAAGACUGGCGCCUUAUUUGGGGUGGUAGCGGUAUUGUGUUGGUUAAUUUUAUUUAUCUACUUGACUGGCCCAUAAGAUGUCCAGAUACAUGGUCGAAAUUACUCUGGGUGUUUCUGUAAGGAUGUUUUUGGAUGAGAUUAACCUUCGAAUCAGUAGACAAAGCAAGGCAAAUUGCCCUCCCCAGUGUGGGUGGGCCUCAUCCAAUCAUUUGAAGGCCUGCACCUUCCCACAAGAGAGAAUUCCUCCUUCCUAACUGCCUUCAAACUGCGACACAGGCAUUUUCCUGCCUUCAGACUCCAACUGAAACCUCAGCUUUCCUGGUUCUCAGGCCUUUGGACUAACACUGGAAUCACACCCUCAGCACUCCUGAGUCUCUGGCUUGCCAAUUCACCAUGCAGAUCUUGAGACUUGUCAGCCGCCAUAAUGUGAGCCAAUUCCUUGUAAUAAAUUAAUCUUCCUCUGUAUGUAUGUGUACACACAUACACAUUCCAUUGGUUCUGUUUCUCUGGAGAACACUGACAAUACAGAUGUAUACUGAUUAAGAGCAAGAAGAAUGAUAAAACUUGCUAGAUGCAUCAUUUAGAGUGUUGGAAAUAAGCACACGGUAUCACUGUUGCUGCUAGCCAAAGCCCCACCACUGCCUCCCUGCCUGUCCCCAUAUUGUAAGGAAAUAUACCACUUUUUUUCAAACUGCGGGUUCUAGGCCCAUUAGUAGACCUGCAUUUUUCAAAAAUAUAACAGAAAAUAUCAGUGCAUAUCAGUAGGGUAUGUACUUUUUCACAAAACUUCUGCUUCAGCUGUGUGUGUAUUUACUGGGUCAUGAUGGGUCAUGAUGUAAAAUGUACUUCUUGAUGUGGGUUGUAGCAAAAAAAAAGAAAAAAUAGAAAAACACUGCUUUUAGAGAGCCUGGCCUUGAGAUAGGAGGUGAAGACUAGGAGCUGUUGCUGGCUCUCUAAUGAGCUCUGACUUCAGUUAAGUCAGCCACCAACUUCAUCUUUAAAAAUGCUGUCUCAAACUUCUUCCUGCCACCCAAAAUGUGAUGAGUGAGGGUGGAGUUAUAUAGGAUUCCAGAUGCCUGGGCCCUCUCAGAACUGCUAGGAAACUUCCCUUGGUUUUUUCCUUUCCUAAUGUGCUAAGCCACCUCUUACCAGUUGAUUAAAAGGCUGCAAAUGUGUUA